CGAAUUCGACGCGCGGCGCCUGUACGACGCGUUUGUGUGUUUAUCACGUUUCCUUCCAUGGGCAGGGGCGGGUUUCUCGACGGCCAGAAGAGUGUAGGCGAAUACCUCAGCUACAACGGUCAGGGUGGUUAUUAAUCCAUAUACGUUACAGCCCGUUGUCGCUUCGAUGUACGCCCAUCCGGUUAGCAAGGCAUAUAGUUGGAACGGCCCCGCAUAGGCUGACAAUGCUGACAUCAGGAGGCUCGAGGCGGAAAUGUUCAUGUGUAUGACACGAGCGGUGAUGUUGCGCAAAUUUGGAUUGCCCCCCGUCGUCAAUAGAACACUGAAGCUAAAAAGAAAUGCUAAAGUUCACGCGGGGCGCCUGUACGACGCGUUUGUGUGUUUAUCACGUUUCCUUCCAUGGUAUUCCGAUGAGUUGCACUAAAUGAAGAAGCUAAGAGACGAAUCCGACGCGCGGCGCCUGUACGACGCGUUUGUGUGUUUAUCACGUUUCCUUCCAUGGUAUUCCGAUGAGUUGCACUAAAUGAAGAAGCUAAGAGACGAAUUCGACGCGCGGCGCCUGUACGACGCGUUUGUUUGUUUAUCGCUGUCAUAUUAUGUAUAUGUGGGUAAGGAGCGAUUCUGUAUUUUGUAGGCCUACCCGUCUAUAAAAAUAAAGAGUCAGUCAUUGCUUGAUCUUGUUGUUUGAUUGAAGUGUUCCCUAUACUUUUACAUGGCGCAGUCGGUUAAAGUGGUGCAUAAUUUGGAAGUCAGAAGACCAAAACGUUAAGAUACUAAGGAAGUUCUAAAAUAAAACCCAAGAUGGAAUCGGUUCUUACUCCCCCGUUGCCGUUUAAGUUCGAGGAGAAUAUAACCAAUAUGGCGUUUGGCAGUUUGUGUGAAUCCUGGGAGAAGUGGAAAAAUGGUUUUCAAAUAUACGUUAAGGCAUGUGAAAUUAAUAAGAAAACGGAAGAUAUUCAAAUGAACAUUUUUUUACACGUCGUAGGGGAACAGUGCCGUGAGAUAAUAGAACAAAGUACGACGAAAUGUACAACAUUAGCGACCUUAAUAGGUCUAGUCGAUAAGCAUUUUAAAGCGAAAAAAAAUGUAACGGUCGAGCGUCAUCGGUUUUUUACUCGUCAACAAGGUGAAAAUGAGUCCAUAGACCAAUACGUCUUUGAAUUGAGAAAGUUGGCUCAGUCAUGCGAGUUUGGUAACCUAAACGACGGGUUAAUAAAAGAUAGACUCAUAUGCAGAAUCGUCAGUGCAGCGAUUAGGGAGCGGUUGCUACGCGAGGACGACCUAACGCUAAGUAAAGCGUUAGAAAUAUGUCGGGCUGCUAUAGUGACGAAAAUGUAUUCGGAGGACAUUAAACGAGAGUGUACUAGUGAAAUAAAAAGUAACGAAGUGUGUGCGGUAGCUAACAAAGAAGUAUACGAGAUAAAUCGGUCAGGUGCGAAAGUCGAGGCAAAAUCGAGUCGUGGUACGAGUUCUGGACGAGGAUGGCGCGGGCGCGGAUGGGUGCCUGGCGCAGGGCGCGGUGGCGCGUCGGGCGUGGGUCCGGCCGGCGCUCAACACCGCGCGCCGUACGCGCAUCGCGGAGGGCGGUGCGGCCAGUGUGGCGGUGUGCACAAAAAGUACGACUGUCCGGCAGAUACGGCAGGAGCUCUAUGA